AUGCGAAAAUCGUUCAAGGAUUCACUCAAAGCUCUCGAAGCUGAUAUCCAGUUCGCCAACACCCUGGCAUCUGAGUAUCCAGAGGAGUAUGAUGGUGGCUGCGUCCAGAUGAGACUCUCAUACAGCCCAGCGGCUCAUCUCUUUCUCUUCCUUCUUCAGUGGACAGAUUGUCAUUUCGCAGGCGCUUUGGGAUUGCUUCGGAUCCUUAUUUAUAAGGCAUAUGUUGAUGGGAAGACCACAAUGUCGCUACACGAACGGAAAGCUAGCAUCAAAGAAUUCUACGAUGUGUUGUUUCCUUCGCUAUUGCAACUCCAAGGAGGGAUAACAGACGUGGAAGAGAGGAAACAAAAGGAGAUAUGCGACAAAAGGUACCGGAAAAGGGACACAACAGAGAAAGGGAAGAUGUCAGAGAUCGAGUUGGAGAGGGAAGAGGAGUGUGGCAUUUGCUUGGAGAUUCGAAACAAAGUGGUUCUUCCUACUUGCAAUCACUCCAUGUGUAUCAACUGCUACAGAAACUGGCGCGCAAGGUCACAGUCGUGCCCGUUCUGUCGAGGCAGCUUGAAAAGAGUGAAUUCUGGUGAUCUCUGGGUUUACACUUCCAUCAAAGAGGUUGUGGAGUUGCCUGCCAUUUACAAGGAUAAUCUCAAGCGGUUGUUAAUCUACAUUGACAAACUGCCUCUCGUUGCUUCUGACCCAACUCUUGUUCCCUACGCUCCUCUUUCUCGCUCUUAA